GCUAUUUCCACGAGAAACUUAUCAAUCUUUGCUGAUAGCUCAAAAUAAAAAGUAAACUAUAUAAAAUUGAUAUGCUUGUGUGAUAUGUGCGAAAAGCUAUGACAAGUUUUCAAAUUCGAUUGAUUUCUGACAAAAAUGUGGUCCUCGUGGACGCCCUACAUCACGAGUCGGAGAUCUUUGUACCGCAGUUGCACCAAAAUGACAUCGUGCUGUGGAACAUAAUACGGAAUCGUCGGCCGAAUCCGAAACUCCAGUUUUGUGAAGAGUCGAUCCAUGGUCAGGACAACGGUCAGGUGGUUCUCCAGCGCCCACUGAUCCAGGCUCGGAUAACAACGGCGACGGCUGGUCUGGCUCCCUGGGCGGCGUCCACUGAUGGCGGUGCAUUCAGAAGAGUUGCGGACGAAGGUUCGCGGUGUCCACAGUUCUCCCUCAAGCUCAUCUCGAAUGGCAGCGUGGUGCUCGUGGAAUGUAAUGUCCACGAAUCGGAGAUCUUUCUACCGCAAAUUUGCGGCCAGUACAUGGCCAUGAAACGCAUCACCGGCCAUGAACUUGUACUGCCAUCCCAACCCAUGAUGCCGGCCAUCCAACCAGCUAAGACCAACUGUCUACGGCUUCAAUCGACUCGCUUCUUCUCGAAAACUACCAACUUGGAUAGUCAGGCAAAAAAGCGGAGAAAGCGUAAGAGUCAGGAGCAAGCCCACCAUUCUGGAGCUGGGGAUCAACCGGUGUCGAAGUCCGUGAAACGAUGAAUCGAAACUAAUUGUCUAAAUUGUAAUAUGAGUGUGUUUGUCGAAAAUAAAAUGGUAAAUACCAAACCAAACCAAACCAAUACCAAA